AGAAUCCUCGAAGCGCAGCACUGGCCGGUCGGAUAAAACAAAACAUGGAGUGAUAGAGAUUGGAGAUUAUUCUCUCUUACUCCUUUUGUUAUAAAAAAAUUAGUUUCGUUAUAAAUAAAUUAGAUUCGUAAGAAGUAUAAUAAGAAUAAUUUUUCGUAAAUUCAAAUUGAUUUAAGUAGUACUAUUCUACCAUGCCGAACCAUCAUUGUCAAGUAUGUAAAAAUAAUCGGGACAUUAAUAUUCUCACUGUACGUCGAGUAAUUUGUGAGCGAUGUAUUCGUUUCAGUAACUUCAACGGGCAGGUCCCUCCCUGUGUAACUGGAAAAGGAAAAUGUAUUAUUGAUUAUAGAAGAACUAAUAGUUUAUGCCGAUUUUGUCGUUUAAAAGAAUGCGUACGCAUCGGUUUGGUAACUUUGAAGUGCAAAAUAUGCAACAAUUAUUAUGAAAUAAAACGGCAUAGUACAGGAUAUAUGCUGUGUAAAGCAUGCAGAUAUUUUACUAUACGGCAUAAAAACGUGCAAAUGGCUCUUCGAUGUCGCACUGGAACUAACAAUUGCAUUCUUGAUUUUUUUGGAAAUCAACCUUUAUGCGUUUCUUGUCGUUAUAAUAAAUGCGUCGAAUUAAACGUGAUCAUUCCAAAUGAACCGGAUCCUGAUAUCGCAGAUGCUGAGAAUUUAGAUCUGUUAUAUCGAUUAGACGAAGAUGAUGCUCAACACGAUGAUGAUGACGCGAUCAUUUCAAAUGAACUCGAACCUGAUAUCAGGGAUGAAGAGAAUUUAGAUCAAUCAUCAGAAGAAGAUGAUGGUCAACACCAUGAUGAUGACGCAAGAAAUGCAAGAAAUGAUAUAUCAGAAGCUAUCUUGGAUGAAUCAAGUGACGAGAAUAUUGAUUCAGGAGAUUCACAAGAAAGUUUCGGAAAUCAAAGCUUUGAUGAGAAUCACUUCACAGAAGAUUUUAUGAAAAUUAUUUAUGUACUUGCAUACGUUCGACAAUUAUUAGUAAAUAUAAACACAAUCAAUAUUUCUAUUUAAACAAACGAAAAUUGUAUAAGAAAAAAUAGAAGAAAUAAGGAUUUUUUCCGACUUAUGUAAAAUUUAACAUUUUCAAAUAAAUAUUUAUUUUUCUCA